AUGGCACUGGAGUGGACAACCGCGGCCACAACCGACUGCCACCACCAACAACCGAGAAACAGUUCCUUCUCUGUAACUUGUGGCGGUAUCCAACUCGAGGAGAGCGUGAGGAAUGGUUCGAUCCUCCCAGGCAGGCCCUCACGGUUAUGCCCAACCGAUCACGGAGCGUGUGAAUGUACGUACAUAUCGUCUAAAUUCAGUGCAUCUACGCCGCUGACGGUGCAGCAGCCUCAUUCGCGACCCAUUGUUUCAUACUACUUCCCGAAGGGGGUUGGCGAACAGCACUAUGGUGAACGACAUCCCAUGAAGCCCCAUAGAUUGACGCUCACGAACACGCUCGUUACGGGCUAUGGUCUUGACAAGCAAAUCCAUAACAUAUAUAACCCUCGUUCAGCAACCCAAGCCGAACUCGAAGUAUACCAUGACCACGAUUAUAUCGAAUUCCUGUCUAGAGUCACUCCGCAGAACCAAGCUGACAUGAAGCACCUCAUCGAUACUUUCAACUGCGUGGAGGAUUGCCCGAUCUUUGCGGAUAUGUAUGACUUCUGUCGUAUGUACGCUGGCGCCUCCCUUGCAGCGGCCAGAAAGCUUUGCGCCGGGACAACUGACAUCGCCAUCAAUUGGUCCGGUGGGCUACAUCACGCAAAGAAAGGCGAGGCAAGUGGAUUCUGCUACGUGAACGAUAUUGUCCUUGCUAUCUUAGAGCUUUUGAGAUAUCAUCCUCGAGUCCUAUAUAUUGACAUUGACAUCCAUCAUGGCGACGGGGUGGAAUUCGCUUUCUAUCACACGAACCGCGUCAUGACUGUCUCCUUUCACAAAUACACUGGCGACUUUUUCCCGGGUACAGGGAAGCUGGACGACAACGGUGCUGGUCUCGGCAAGCACUUCUGCCUGAACGUCCCCCUGCAAGAUGGGAUUGACGACAAUAUGUACCUUACAAUCUUCAAGACUGUCAUCGAAGACACCGUCACAGCUUUCAGACCCACGGCCAUUGUCCUGCAGUGUGGCGCAGACUCUCUGGGUUGCGAUCGACUAGGCGCGUUCAACCUGUCCAUCGCAGCGCACGGGGAGUGUGUCAACUUUGUUCGCAAAUUCGGCGUCCCGCUUCUAGUCGUUGGCGGCGGCGGCUACACCAUUAAAAAUGUUAGCCGCUGCUGGACGUAUGAGACUUCUGUCCUAGUCGGCGCCGCUAUCCCAGACGAAUUACCUGUCACCAUAUACGAUUCCUUCUUCAGAGAGUCGCAAUGGAAACUACAUCCACCCCUCACAGGAAAAGUGGAGAACCAGAACACUGUGGCAUCUCUUCAGCGCAUUACCACCGGUAUCCGCAAUAAGCUUCGAUAUCUUCAAGGCGCCCCUAGUGUCGCUUUGCAGGAGAUUCCCCCAGAUCUUGCCGGGUGGCUCGAAGAUGAAUCGAGGACACGCGAGGAGAAAAUAGAGGAAAAGAAGCUAACAAAAUGA